AUGGAUUACUUUAAUCAUUAACAAUAACAAGCUGAUCCAUAAUCAUCGAAAAUAAAAAGUAUUUUCUAAAAAUUAAGAACCGCAUAAACAGAAUUUGGUUUAAUACCAGUUUCUAGAAUAGUAAGUGGAUUAGAAAAAAAAUUCUAAUAAAUGAAAACAACAAUAAGUUAAAGGAAAAGUGUUUUACCUUAAUUAAAAUUAUCUAUAUUUCAUUUUUAAGAACAAAUGUAAAUGUAAAUUGGAUAAUUAAUCUCAAUAAUUGAUAAUAUCUUGCUUUAAGAACCAAAUUCAUAAUACCAACCAUAAUUCUAAGAUAAAAUUAAUAUAAAUUAUUUAUUAGAAUAUAAACCUUUAUUAAAGUAAUUUAAGGAAUUUGCAAAGAUUUCCAAAGAUAACUUUAUAUAAAUAAAAAAGCUCGUAAAAUAAUUUGAAGGGAAUUGCAUAAAUUAUAAAAUGAUUGAAACUUUAGAAUAAAAUAAUACAUCUAAUACAAUUCUUUUCAAUCAUUUAAAUGAUACAUUUUUUCAAGGAAUUGAAGAAAAUUUAAAAAUAUGGUAAUUUAAAAAUGGUCAACUUUACAAUAGUUAAUUAUUGAAAGGUCAUAAUCAAUAAAUUUCUUGUUUAGCUUGUAGUAAGAAUAAAAAUAUGAUUGUAUCAGGAGGAAAAGAUAUGUAAGUAAGAGUUUGGUAAACAAUUAAUAAGAUGAAUUGGUAAACUACAUAGAUACUUAAAGGUCAUACAGGAUAGAUUCAUAGUAUUAUAAUUAAUGAAUCGGAUGAUGAGAUUAUUUCAAGUAGUAGUGAUAGUUCAAUAAUUGUAUGGAGAUUGAAUUCAGAUUUAUGGUAGUUAAUAUAAAAUCUUGAAAUUCAUUAAAAUUCUGUUUAUUAGUUGAGUUUCAACUAAUCAUAUUCUUUAUUUUCUUCAUGCAGUUAUGAUAGAAAUUUAAUUAUUUGGAGUCUAAAUAAUGAUCAAGAAUGGAGAAAAUAGCAAAUAAUUAAGCAUGUAACAUAAAGCUAUAGGGCUUGUUUUAUAUAAGACAAUUAAAUUGUUCUAUAAUAAAGUUCUAAUAGAUAUAUAGAAAUUUAUACAAGAAACAACAAUAAUGUUUUUGUUAAAACUUAAACUCUUGAGAUGCAAUAUUUGAAUACUGAUAUUAGUAAUUUUAGUCCAUUAUAAUUUAUUAUCAAUAAAUAAUUACUAUUGCUUAGACACAAUAAUAAAACAAUAAUAUUAAGAAGAAAAGAGAAUUGGAAAUUUUAAAUUGAAGAAGAAAUUGAUGGAGAAGCUAUUGGAACAUUAACUAAUGAUGGUAAAUACUUAGUUUUAAUCAAUAGAAAAUUAAAAUAAUUACAAAUUUAUGAACAAAUGUUAUAAUGAAUAUUAAUUAUAAAGAUCAAUUAUUUUUUAAUAAAAUUCAUUAUUUUUUAAAAUUUAAAGAUGA